GAGCGGAAGGAGAGAGAGCGAUUCAGCGCAUUCUCUCGGGUGUUUAAAAAGUAACUCCGGACAAUAACAGCAAAUGAGCGCUUAAUUAAAUUAAUUAGUCCUUCUUGUCAAGCUUGGAUUAAUGGCCAAUAGCUGCUGUGGUGGUGGUGCUUAAUGUUUUUUUUUCUUUGCUUUCUUUUUUUUUUUACUAGUGAGGGUGGAUGAAGGAAGGGAAAGGAGAGAGAGAGAGAGGGAGAGAGAGAGAGAGAGGGAGGGAAAGGAGGAAGAGGGGGGUCUCAUCCCGGCAUCCUGAGGGGAGGUAAUUUGCACGGAUCAAGGGGGCACGGCGCCGCAAAGUAUAAAUAGUGUGACUUCAAUCGAGGAUCACCAGCAGGUUCCCCAACUCCGCUAUACCAAAGGAGGGAGAAAUUGGCCGAGGAAGACGCAUCUUUAUGUCCCAUAUUCGGGCGCCUUCCCAGAGAGUUGGCAGCAUCACCUCGUCUCGUUUUCAGGGGGCCGCACCAUUGAUGUCUUAAACUGCCGUGGAGCAAAGGGAGAGAGGGGCUACGGCGAGUCUGCCUGUCUGAUUUUUUUCCUUCUUUGAAAGGAAAAAAGACGAGUGUGUGAUGGAAGAGCUCACCGCCUUCGUGUCGAAGUCUUUCGAUCACAAAGUCAAGGAGAAGAAGGAGGUGAUCACUUAUCGGGAGGUGCUGGAGACUGGCGCGGCAAGGGCGGCCGGCCGCGGCGGGGAGUCCUUAGCCCCGGAACCCGGGAGUCGGGAGGAGGCGGCGGUCGUAGCCCGGAACGUGGCGCUCUCACCGGGCAGGGAGACGGACAUCCUCGGCCCGGAGAGGACAAGGGACGCCGGCAGCCCCAAACUCAUUGACGGUGCCACGGAUGUGAAGGAGAGGAAAGAGGAGUCCAGUAAAUCCAUGGAGGACGAGGCGCAGACCAAAAUCAAGCAGAGGAGAAGUCGGACUAACUUCACGCUGGAGCAGCUCAACGAGCUGGAGAGGCUCUUCGACGAGACGCACUACCCGGACGCCUUCAUGCGGGAGGAGCUGAGCCAGCGGCUGGGGCUGUCCGAGGCCAGGGUGCAGGUUUGGUUCCAGAACAGAAGAGCCAAAUGCAGAAAGCAGGAGAACCAGUUACAUAAAGGAGUCCUGAUCGGAGCAGCAAAUCAGUUUGAGGCUUGUCGCGUAGCGCCAUAUGUCAACGUGGGGGCUUUACGGAUGCCAUUCCAACAGGAUAGUCAUUGCAACGUGCCGCCCUUCUCAUUUCAGGUGCAGGCGCAGCUGCAGCUGGACAGCGCCGUGGCGCAUGCGCAGCACCACCUGCACUCACACCUGGCCGCGCACGCGCCCUACAUGAUGUUUCCGGCGCCGCCCUUCGGCCUACCGCUGGCCACGCUGGCCGCAGAAUCGGCGUCAGCCGCAUCCGUGGUGGCCGCUGCCGCCGCCGCCAAGAACACCAGCAAGAACUCGAGCAUCGCCGACCUGAGACUUAAGGCCAAGAAACACGCGGCCGCGCUGGGUCUGUGACGACCACCGCGACGACGACGUCGCUCGGGAACGCGCACACGUGGGGGCACGCCACCGCCACGCGAGGACACUAUUUAUGUUUUUCCCCAUGCAGGACAACGAUAAGAAUGAAGGCUAUUUAUAAGAUUAUGAAAAGUGACUGCUCAAUAGCCGAUGGGAGGGGAUUUUUCUACCACCUUCCCAGAAACAACAACAACACCAGAAAACAAACAACCAUGGACGGCCCUUGUGGCAGGAAGAGGAGGAGGACGAUGCAGCUGGCGGUCGAUACUUUGUCAAACAAGGCGAACCAUUCUGCAGUCUGUUUUAACAUCUCAUUAUUAUUAAUAUUAUUGUUAUUAUCGGGACUUACAGAGGCUGGCCUCGUUAUAGUUCAACACUUCCUUGCCCAAAAGGGAAGGGAGGGGAUCCUAUCCAAAAUGUUUGCAUGAGCCAACACGCUGACCUAUAUAACUUUUUUUAGUUUAGUUUUUUUUUUUUUUUACGCCAGACACCACAAAUGUGAGAGCAUAAUAUAUGUUUUUUUUUCUUCUGUUUUCCUCAGUGGUGUUUCAUCUCCUUUUAAAGGGGGUGCUUAUGU